GAGGAGGAGGAGCGGGUGUGAGUGAGUGGGGGUGUGAGGAGCGGGUGUGAGUGAGUGAGGGUGUGAGUGAGGGUGUGAGUGAGUGCGGGUGUGUGUCAGGAGGAGCGGGUGUGAGGCCGCGCCGCGCCGAGCCCGAGCCGCGCCGCCAGAGCCAUGCCCGGGCCCAACCCCAGCGCCACCAGCGUCGGUUCCUCUGGCCGCUCCCCCAGCAAGGCCGUGGCUCCCCGCGCGGCGGGAUCCACCGUCCGGCAGAGGAAGAAUGCCAGCUGCGGGACGAGGAGUGCCGGCCGUGCCACGUCCACGGGCACUGGUGGGAUGUGGCGAUUCUACACUGAGGACUCUCCAGGGCUCAAAGUUGGGCCUGUUCCAGUUUUGGUCAUGAGUCUUCUUUUUAUUGCUUCUGUGUUUAUGCUGCACAUCUGGGGUAAAUACACUCGUUCAUAGAUGCAGCUGCCAGCUUAAAGCAUACAUCUUGGACCAAAAGUAUGGUGGAUCCUGGUUGUUCUUGGAGAGAGACUGGGGAAGCUUCGUAUCACCUACUGAAGUCCUAUCAACUUUGGCUCUAAAACCGAGUCAAUUUCUCAGUUCUCUACUUGGGCAGGUUUAAAGUCUGUCAUACGUCAUUUUAUAUUUGUAUCUGUACACUCAGAAAAGAGAUGUUGCAAUAAAAGUUGUAUAUGGAAAUGGAAA